AUGUCUGAAGAUGCUGAGCAGUCGACUGCCCUCGAUCGAGCUGCUGAAGACCUGGAGAGCCUGGUUAUGAGCGAGCCGAACCACAGACAAGACCAACCUGCAAAGUCAGCGAUGCGUUCAACGCCACGAAUUGAAGAUGUCAAGUCCUCAAGGGCAACUCCCUCUAUGGUUCUGAUACCACAAGACACAGCAGUCGACGGAUUAGAAAAGGGGCCAAUCUCUAGUCUUUGUGCCUCGCUAGACGCAGAUGGCGAGUCGUGCCGUGGCUUUCUGGCAGACGAGAACUGCCGAUAUUUUGUUUUCACAGCUCGCCAUCAAAAGAGGCAGGACAUCACGUCAGUGACGCUAACGCAGAUCCUUCAGAGUGAGGUGCCGACUCGACCGAAUCGGCGCCAGCGAUAUGUCCUGUCUUUAAAUUUGGCCUCAUCGUUUGUACAACUUCUCGAAACACAGUGGUGGCCGGUGUCAUUGAAAAAGGACGACAUAGUGUUCUUUCGAGAGCCAGAACAGCGAGAUGUACUACAGUUGGAUCAGCCUCACGUGAGCCAGCAUUUCAUCGGUUCGCGUGCCAAAGGUGUAGAAGGCGUGCAUGCUGCCAGCCUGGAGCUCAGCCGGUCGUUAGAUCAGUUAGGAAUCAUCCUCUUGGAGCUUUGCUUCGGCGAUGUCCUUGAGGAGCAGUCCUGCAGGAAGAUGUGGCCAGUAGGCAGCAGCGACAUGGAGAGGACGGGAUACGACGUUCUGGCGGCGCGAGACUGGCAGCGCGAGGUCAUUGAAGAGGCUGGUAGUGAGUAUGCUGAUGCUGUCGGGUGGUGUUUGGGAGGGAACCGCAGCGCACCAUGUGGCCGAGAUGAGUGGAGGCAGGAAGAUGCUCUUGAGAGUUGUGCAGCCUCUGCAACGAUGUAG